GGAUAUUCAAGACGCACUCUUGAUACAACAGGAAUAACCACCCUCACCGAUCUUUGUGUACACAAUUCGAGUGCCCUCAGACUUGACCUCCUUUUCUACCAAUGCAUUAUCACGUUUGUAUCUAGAGUGAGCCCUCACCGGAACCCUAUCUCAAACAGAGCCGCCGCGGAAGAACUCGCCGGAAACAUUCUGCCAAUUAGACUACCAAUUGUGUUACUCUUAGAGCAGAUCAAUUCAGGGAGUUGUCGGCGUGGCACAACAGAGAUCUUCGAUCCUAUAUGCGACCCCCAGUCUGCUCAGAUCCCCAUGACCUUGUCGGCUACAGCACUUCCAUCGAGCAACUGUCGAACUCCAUCAACUGCCUUAUCCUUACGAACAUUGUGAUCGCCUAACGCCUGGACGUACUAGGACGACUCACCGCGGUAUAGCUUAACGAAUAGCGAAAGAGUUGUCAACUAUCAAGCGAUCACGAACGAAUGAUUAUAUGGGCGGAAAACACGUGUAUUAGGAAGCUUGGAACCAAGGACCACAAUCAUGACAGACUUAUCACGACAGUCGGCUUUCAUGCCGACAAUAAAAUGCUCUAAUUGCGGGAACCAAGUAGAGAUCUCUAUGAUGGGGGAGCACGUCUGUGGAGGUGAUAAUGAAGCCACAGCGACAGAACCUGUUCCACCAAUGCCAGAUCUGCUUGGUGGCGCCUUCACAUCAUUCAAACAAAAUGUAUUCGAUAAAUUUACUCGUGCACCACCGACAGUGGACACCUCUGCAGCAAACCGAACAUUUGCACGGGACCAGUUGACGCCGGUCAGUGCCUCUACGGGAUCCCAAGCCAUAUCACCAAAGACACCGAUGAACGGCCGUCUUGGGGCCGGAUCAACCAAUGACGACUAUUUUGCGCCGGCUAUCGCAGGAUCUCCAAGACGACCUGGCGGCUAUGGCGGGUUUUUGGCAGAGACAGAGCCAGAGACAGAAGAGGGAGAGGCCGCAUACGGGACAAGCCCUAACAAGCAGACAACAAAUCUUUUAACGAGAAUGAAUAGCAUAGCACCGGGACCUUUCGAGGUUGCCCGAACUCGUUCAGCUAAGAAGAACGCGUUUCCCCGGACUACCAGUAGAGAUGAUAACGCAGACUCGAGCGAUGAUAUUUCAAGGCUAGGAUCAUCGAUUGAUCGGCCUGGAACAUCGGCCUCCAGUUCUUCGGGGAGGAGCGGAAGUAUAGCAGCGCCUAAAAUGCCACGGAAGAAUGGGUAUGGUGGAUUUGGGCCACCGCAGAGAGAAGGGGAAGACGCUCGCCCACAACCUCUUCCUUUUGGCAAACGGUCGGAGACUUUCCCUGAACAGACUCGAAGAUCAGGUGAAAAUAAUUCGCCGAUAGAGGCUCCUAUACGCACACCAUCUGCGCCUGGUCUGCGACCAGAUAGAUCAAGCAGGCCGUCGACACAGAAUGGGGAUAGACCUAUAAUGACCAGUGACCGGAAACACCGGCCUUCAUAUGGAAUCAGAGAUACGUCGCGUCCGCCACCGCCACGGAAGAGCUUAAUACGGCCACCAACGCGAGACGGUAGCCUUUCAAUAAAUCUCGCUGAUGAAUUUGGCGCCGGUAACCCUUACCACUCACCAUCAGUCUCUCAAUCCUCGAGCAAUUCUGGUUAUAGUCACCAGUCUAGAGCCAGCAACGUGAGCUCAAAUACAAGCCCAGCUCGGUCGGUAGGAUCCCGUUCCGAACCUCGGCGGCCAUCUAAUUCGGCGAAAAUUGAUGCACUCAUGGAUGAUUUACAAAGCUCCAUGAACGAGUUGCAACCAGAUGUACCAACAGUACAGCCAAUGUCAAUGUCGAGAAACGGUAACCAGAGAUUAGCCGCGCCCAGGCCAGAGCCAUUACAAAACUUGCGACUAGAUCCAGCUGCCCAAAGCGCCCGAGAUCACCUUUCCGAAUCUCCUAUCUCACCCAGGAGUAUCCCCAACCCAGACCGGCUCGACGCCUCUCCCUCCGAAGCCCAGAGCCGGUCGCGAUCCCAGACGACCUCCACCCAGGGCUCGAGCUCGCACAACCGCCAGCCGUCGCGGAACCCGCGACCCCGCGGGAACUGCAAAGCGUGCCAGGAGCCGAUAACAGGGAAAUCCAUCGCGUCCGCAGACGGGCGUCUGACGGGGCGGUACCACAAGGCCUGCUUCGUGUGCGCGACGUGCAAGGAGCCCUUCAGCUCCGCGACGUUCUACGUCCACGAGGACCGGCCCUACUGCGAGCAGCACUACCACAAGCUCAACGGCAGCCUGUGCGGGUCCUGCCACAAGGGCAUCGAGGGCCAGUACCUGGAGGACGAGGUCCCGCAGAAGUACCACCCGGGAUGCUUCCGGUGCGGCGACUGCGGCGUCGUCCUGCGCGACGGCUACUUCGACGUCAACGGCCGGUCGUAUUGCGAGCGCGACGCCUGGAGGCGGAUGCAGGCUGCUCACGCGCGCGCCCAGCAACAGCAGCAGAUGGGCCCGCCUGCCUCGAAGAGACAAGGCUCGACGGCCGGCCCGAGUCCAAUGCCCCAGGGCAUACCCAGCAUACGCGAGCCGCCGCGGGGCCUGCCCUCGGGCCCGUCCUCGAAUCUCCACCGCCCGUUCGGCCUGCCGACGGGCCAGCGACUGAUGCCCGGCCAGGCGCUCGGGCGCGGCGGGCUAGGGCCCAUGCAGAAGAUGGAGAAGAGGAUGACGAGGCUGGGGAUGAUGUGAAAAACUCUUUGUAACGUAUCCUUCGCAUCUUGGUUAUACCUGUGCCUUUAUGAAGAUUCCUCGGGUCCUCAACUCUUCGCACGCGAACACGCCACUCUAUUCUUUUC